AUCUGUCCACUGCACCUUUUAAAGUACAUACUCAUUACACUCACUGUACCAUUAACUAAAUGACCUUCAUCACAUGAAAUAACCAGGAUGUCGUUUUGGAUCCAAACAUGUCUGUAUUGAAAGGUGAUUAAUUCACAGGGACAAUUUGUUUUAUUGUUUUUCUAUUCGAUAGGACUUCCUGUGUUAAAGGGUAACAGUUUGUGUGUAAAACAUGUAGACUAUAUUUCUACUAUCACCUCAACAUAACGUAGCUGCUUGUUUGGGAUAAUAAAUGUAAUUUCUCUUGUCGUGUUUCCCAAACCUCUCCUCCAGUACCAUGAGCCAUCCCACAUAUCUGAUCUAUUUCUGGACGAGUAUCACCUGAUUUUAAUUGGUCAACUAACUAACCAUCAAGCCCUUAGUAGUGGAAUCAGGUGUGCUAGUUCUGGAAUGGCUCCAACAAGCAGACUAGGUGCUGGGGAGAUGAGAUGGUAAAAUACUACUUCUUAUUACUCUGUAAGCUGCUGCUUCAUCUGAUAGCUAAACAACCACCCACUUCUCCAGUUUCCCCUACGUACAGAUCUAGGAUCAGCUUCCCCUCCCUAUAUCCUAACCUUAACCAUUAGUGGGGAAAAUACAAAACUGACUGAAGUUCAGCAUCUAGGGGGAUCUUCACCCUACACCCCAGACAGACAGUCACAUGCCCAUCUCCCCCUUUUGCCCUCAGAACAGCUGCAGUUCGUUGGGGCGUGGACUCUACAAGGAGUCGAAAGCGCCCCACAGGGAUGCUGACUCGUAUUGACUCCAAUGCUUCCCACAGUUGUCAAGUUGGCUGGAUGUCCUUUGGGUGGUGGACCAUUCUUGAUACACAUGGGAAACUGUUGAGCAUGAAAAACCCAGCAGUUUUGCAGUUUUUGACACUCAAACUGGUGCGCCUGGCACCUACUACCAUACCCCGUUCAAAGGUACUUAAAACUUUUGUCUUGCCCAUUCACCCUCUGAAUGGCACAUAUACACAAUAUACAGUCGGGCAAAAAAGUAUUUAGUCAGCCACCAAUUGUGCAAGUUCUCCCACUUAAAAAGAUGAGAGUCCUGUAAUUUUCAUCAUAGGUACACUUCAACUAUAACAGACAAAAUGAGAAAAAAAAUCCAGAAAAUCACUGUAGGAUUUUUAAUGAAUUUAUUUGCAAAUUAUGGUGGAAAAUAAGUAUUUGGUCACCUACAAACAAGCAAAAUACUCAUUACCUGUAGUUUUCUUUAUUUUAUUUUACCUUUAUUUAACUAGGCAAGUCAGUUAAAAAUAAUUUCUUAUUUUCAAUGACGGCCUCAGAACAGUGGGUUAACUGCCUGUUCAGGGGCAGAACGUCAUAUGUCAGCUCGGGGAUUUGAACUUGCAACCUUCCGGUUACUAGACCAACGCUCUAACCACUAGGCUACCCUGCCAUCCCAAUUAACUUGUUAUCAGUAUAAAAGACACCUGUCCACAACUGUUAGGAAUAAAUUACUAAACAAUAUUCUCAUUUUAAAUAGAAUUGUAACUAAGUAAAAUUAUACUCUGUUUUAUUAUAUCUGAUUAACAAUAUGAGUUCAUAAGAAGGGAUUAUGUGGCAUGAACAAGGAGUAAUUAAAUAUAACGAAAACCAAACUGAGCUCUGGGGUGUUUUAAAUAAGGCAGUGAGUGCAUUCCUAGGUUUUCUGUUAAUUAGAACUGUCAGCUAAGUGGUGAUCGAUAAUGGUGAGGGGUCAAGAGUUAAUUCAGUUAUGUUGUGUGACCUGUGAGUGUGUUCGUGAGUUGGAAUGAACUUUUAAACUCACUUAAUUCUAGGUCGGGAGGAGGGGAUUCAUUUCAGAAGCAACUAAAUGACGUCAUGUUAUUGUAUAUAAACUGUUGCUCGUGGUAACGUGGCAGCGCGCUCCAAGAAUGAAUUAUGUUACCUAUUAUUGAUAAGACUGGUCUCCGUCAAUUUUAUGCAAACAAGAAUCUUACAAAUUCUCAUAAAAUAGAUUAAAUGUUUUCAAUUAAUGAAAACAUAUUGGAAUAACCAAAUUACAGUAACAACAACAACCUCAAACAGUCACACUCCAAACUCCACUAUGGCCAAGACCAAAGAGCUGUCAAAGGACACCAGAAACAAAACUGUAGACCUGCACCAGGCUGGGAAGACUGAAUCUGCAAUAGGUAAGCAGCUUGGUUUGAAGAAAUCAACUGUGGGAGCAAUUAUUAGGAAAUAGAAGACAUACAAGACCACUGAUAAUCUCCCUCGAUCUGGGGCUCCACGCAAGAUUCUUUCAGGGGUCAAAAUGCUCACAAGAACGGUGAGCAAAAAUCCCAGAACCACACGGGGGGACCUAGUGAGUGACCUGCAGAGAGCUGGGACAAAAGUAACAAAGCCUACCAUCAGUAACACACUACUCCGCCAGGGACUCAAAUCCUGCAGUGCCAGACGUGUCCCCCUGCUUAAGCCAGUACAUGUCCAGGCCCGUCUGAAGUUUGCUGGAGAGCAUUUGGAUGACCCAGAAGAAGAUUGGGAGAAUGUCAUAUGGUCAGAUGAAACCAAAAUAUAACUUUUUGGUAAAAACUCAACUUGUCGUGUUUGGAGGACAAAGAAUGCUGGAUGCAACUCAAAGAACACCAUACCUACUGUGAAGCAUGAGGGUGGAAACAUCAUGCUUUGGGGCUGUUUUUCUGCAAAGGGACCAGGACGACUGAUCCGUGUAAAGGAAAGAAUGAAUGGGGCCAUGUAUCGUGAGAUUUUGAUUGAAAACCUCCUUCCAUCAGCAAGGGCAUUGAAGAUGAAACGUGGCUGGGUCUUUCAGCAUGACAAUGAUCCCAAAUACACCGCCCGGGCAAUGAAGGAGUGGCUUCGUAAGAAGCAAUUCAAGGUCCUGGAGUGGCCAAGCCAGUCUCCAGAUCUCAACCCCAUAGAAAAUCUUUGGCGGGUGUUGAAAGUCCGUGUUGCCCAGCAACAGCCCCAAAACAUCACUGCUCUAGAGGAGAUCUGAAUGGAGGAAUGGGCCAAAAUACCAGCAACAGUGUGUGAAAACCUUGUGAAGGCUUACAGAAAACGUUUGACCUCUGUCAUUGCCAACAAAGGGUAUAUAACAAAGUAUUGAGAAACUUUUGUUAUUGACCAAAUACUUGUUUUCCACCAUAAUUUGCAAAUAAAUUCAUUACAAAUCCUACAAUGUGAUUUUCUGGAUUUGUCUGUCAUAGUUGAAGUGAUGAAAAUUACAGGCCUCAUCUUUUUAAUUGGGAGAACUUGCACAAUUGGUGGCUGACUAAAUACUUUUUUGCCCCACUGUACUAUACACACAUGAAGCCUCCAGUUUAUUCCUGUUACUGGAACAUAAAUAAGAUCCGUGGUUAAAAGGUGUAAAUGUCUCCAGACAGCAGCUUCCUAGUGUUUGGUAUAAUGUCUCUGACAGCAGCUUCCUAGUGUUUGGUAUAAUGUCUCCAGACAGCAGCUUCCUAGUGUUUGGUAUAAUGUCUCUGACAGCAGCUUCCUAGUGUUUGGUAUAAUGUCUCUGACAGCAGCUUCCUAGUGUUUGGUAUAAUGUCUCUGACAGCAGCUUCCUAGUGUUUGGUAUUAUGUCUCCAGACAGCAGCUUCAUAGUGUUUGGUAUUAUGUCUCCAAACAGCAGCUUCAUAGUGUUUGGUAUAAUGUCUCCAGACAGCAGCUUCCUAGUGUUUGGUAUUAUGUCUCCAGACAGCAGCUUCCUAGUGUUUGGUAUUAUGUCUCCAAACAGCAGCUUCAUAGUGUUUGGUAUAAUGUCUCCAGACAGCAGCUUCCUAGUGUUUGGUAUAAUGUCUCUGACAGCAGCUUCCUAGUGUUUGGUAUAAUGUCUCCAGACAGCAGCUUCCUAGUGUUUGGUAUAAUGUCUCUGACAGCAGCUUCCUAGUGUUUGGUAUAAUGUCUCCAGACAGCAGCUUCCUAGUGUUUGGUAUAAUGUCUCCAGACAGCAGCUUCAUAGUGUUUGGUAUUAUGUCUCCAGACAGCAGCUUCCUAGUGUUUGGUAUAAUGUCUCCAGACAGCAGCUUCCUAGUGUUUGGUAUAAUGUCUCCAGACAGCAGCUUCAUAGUGUUUGGUAUUAUGUCUCCAGACAGCAGCUUCCUAGUGUUUGGUAUAAUGUCUCCAGACAGCAGCUUCCUAGUGUUUGGUAUAAUGUCUCCAGACAGCAGCUUCCUAGUGUUUGGUAUUAUGUCUCCAGACAGCAGCUUCAUAGUGUUUGGUAUUAUGUCUCCAGACAGCAGCUUCAUAGUGUUUGGUAUUAUGUCUCCAAACAGCAGCUUCCUAGUGUUUGGUAUUAUGUCUCCAAACAGCAGCUUCCUAGUGUUUGGUAUUAUGUCUCCAGACAGCAGCUUCCUAGUGUUUGGUAUAAUGUCUCCAGACAGCAGCUUCCUAGUGUUUGGUAUUAUGUCUCCAGACAGCAGCUUCAUAGUGUUUGGUAUUAUGUCUCCAGACAGCAGCUUCAUAGUGUUUGGUAUUAUGUCUCCAAACAGCAGCUUCCUAGUGUUUGGUAUUAUGUCUCCAAACAGCAGCUUCCUAGUGUUUGGUAUUAUGUCUCCUGACAGCAGCUUCCUAGUGUUUGGUAUAAUGUCUCCAGACAGCAGCUUCCUAGUGUUUGGUAUAAUGUCUCUGACAGCAGCUUCCUAGUGUUUGGUAUAAUGUCUCCAGACAGCAGCUUCCUAGUGUUUGGUAUAAUGUCUCUGACAGCAGCUUCCUAGUGUUUGGUAUAAUGUCUCUGACAGCAGCUUCCUAGUGUUUGGUAUUAUGUCUCCAAACAGCAGCUUCAUAGUGUUUGGUAUAAUGUCUCCAGACAGCAGCUUCCUAGUGUUUGGUAUUAUGUCUCCAGACAGCAGCUUCCUAGUGUUUGGUAUUAUGUCUCCAGACAGCAGCUUCCUAGUGUUUGGUAUAAUGUCUCCAGACAGCAGCUUCCUAGUGUUUGGUAUUAUGUCUCCUGACAGCAGCUUCCUAGUGUUUGGUAUAAUGUCUCCAGACAGCAGCUUCCUAGUGUUUGGUAUAAUGUCUCUGACAGCAGCUUCCUAGUGUUUGGUAUAAUGUCUCCAGACAGCAGCUUCCUAGUGUUUGGUAUAAUGUCUCUGACAGCAGCUUCCUAGUGUUUGGUAUAAUGUCUCUGACAGCAGCUUCCUAGUGUUUGGUAUUAUGUCUCCAAACAGCAGCUUCAUAGUGUUUGGUAUAAUGUCUCCAGACAGCAGCUUCCUAGUGUUUGGUAUUAUGUCUCCAGACAGCAGCUUCCUAGUGUUUGGUAUUAUGUCUCCAGACAGCAGCUUCCUAGUGUUUGGUAUAAUGUCUCCAGACAGCAGCUUCCUAGUGUUUGGUAUUAUGUCUCCAGACAGCAGCUUCCUAGUGUUUGGUAUAAUGUCUCCAGACAGCAGCUUCCUAGUGUUUGGUAUAAUGUCUCCAGACAGCAGCUUCCUAGUGUUUGGUAUUAUGUCUCCAGACAGCAGCUUCCUAGUGUUUGGUAUAAUGUCUCUGACCGCAGCUUCCUAGUGUUUGGUAUAAUGUCUCUGACAGCAGCUUCCUAGUGUUUGGUAUUAUGUCUCCAGACAGCAGCUUCCUAGUGUUUGGUAUAAUGUCUCCAGACAUCAGCUUCCUAGUGUUUGGUAUUAUGUCUCCAGACAGCAGCUUCCUAGUGUUUGGUAUAAUGUCUCCAGCCUGAAGGGCGUGUAGCCUGAAGGGCGUGUAGCCUGAAGGGCGUGUAGCCUGAGCCUAAACCAGAAUAUAUUUCUUGCUCUACAGUGUCUGACUGACUAUACAGUUGUGGCCAAAAGUUUUGAGAAUGACACACAUAUUAAUUUCCUCAAAGUUAGCUGCUUAAGUGUCUUUAUUAGGUAUUUUUGUCAGAUGUUACUAUGGAAUACUGAAGUAUAAUUACAAGCAUUUCAUAAGUGUCAAAGGCUGUUAUUGAAGUUGAAGUUGAUGCAAAGAGUCAAUAUUUGUAGUGUUGACCCUUCUUUUUCAAGACCUCUGCAAUCUGCCCUGGCAUGCUGUCAAUUCAUUUACGGGCCACAUCCUGACUGAUUGCAGCCCGUUCUUUCAUAAUCAAUGCUUGGAGUUUGUCAGAAUUUGUGGGUUUUUGUUUGUCCACCCGCCUCUUGAGGAUUGACCACAAGUUCUCAAUGGGAUUAAGGUCUGGGGAGAUUCCUGGCCAUGGAUCCAAAAUCAAUGUUUUGUUCCCCGAGCCACUUAGUUAUCAAUUUUGCCUCAUGGCAAGGUGCUCCAUCAUGCUGGAAGAGGCAUUGUUCGUCACCAAACUGUUCCUGGAUAUUGGUACCAUUCUUCAUUCAUGGCUGUGUUCUUAGGCAAAAUUGUGAGUGAGCCCACUCCCUUGGCUGAGAAGCAACCCCACUCAUGAAUGGUCUCAGGAUGCUUUACUGUUGGCAUGACACAGACUGAUGGUAGCGCUCACCUUGUCUUCUACGGACAAUCUUUCUUCCGGAUUACCCAAACAAUCGGAAAGGGGAUUCAUUCAAGGGGACUUUACCCCAGUCCUCAGCAGUCCAAUCCCUGUACCUUUUGCAGAAUAUCAGUCUGUCCCUGAUGUUUUUCCUGGAGAGAAGUGGCUUCUUUGCUGUCCUUCUUGACACACCAGGCCAUCCUCCAAAAGUAUUUGCCUCACUGUACGUGCAGAUGCACUCACACCUGCCUGCUGCCAUUCCUGAGCAAGCUCUGUACUGGUGGUGCCCCGAUCCCGCAGCUGAAUCAACUUUAGGAGACGGUCCUAACACUUGCUGGACUUUCUUGGGGCCCUGAAGCAAUUAAAUGCAAUUCAUCAGAUCACUCAUAACAUUCUGGAGUAUAUGCAAAUUGCCAUCAUACCAUCUGAGGCAGAAGACUUUGUGAAAAUUAAUAUUUGUCAUUCUCAAAACUUUUGGCCACGACUGUACAGUGUCUGACAGAUUUCAGUGGUCCUUCUGUGGCUCAGUUGGUAGAGCAUGGCACUUGUAACGCCAGGGUAGUGGGUUCAAUUCCCGGGACCACCCAUAUGUAGAAUGUAUGCACACAUGACUGUAAGUCGCUUUGGAUAAAAGCGUCAGCUAAAUGGCAUAUAUUAUUAUUAUUAUUAUUAUUAUUAUUCAGUGCCUUUGGAAAGUAUUCAGACCCCUUGACUUUUUACACAUUUUGUUACGUUACAGCCAUAUUGUAAAACUGAUUCAAUCGUUUUUUCCCCCUCAAUCUACACACAAUACACCAUAAUGACAAAUCAAAAAAAGGUUUUCAGAUCAUUUUUUGCAUAAAAGAAUCUGAAAUCGCAUUUACAGAAAUAUUCAGACCCUUUACUCAGUACUUUGUUGAAGUACCUUUGGCAGCGAUUAUAGCCUCAAGUCUUCUUGGGUGUGACACUACAAGCUUGGCACACCUGUAUUUGGGGAGUUUAUCCCAUUCUUCUCUGCAGAUCCUCUCAAGCUCUGUCAGGUUGGAUGGGGAGCGUCACUGCACAGCAAUUUUCGGGUCUCUCCAGAGAUGUUUCGAUCGGGUUCAAGUCCAGGCUCUGGCUGGGCCACUCACGGACAUUCAGAGACUUGUUCCGAAGUCACUCCUGCAUUGUCUUGGUUGUGUGCUUAGAGUCGUUGUCCUGUUGGAAGGUGAGCCUUCGCCCCAGUGUGAGGUCCUGAGCGCUCUGGAGCAGGUUUUCAUCAAGGAUCACUCUGUACUUUGCGCCGUUCAUCUUUGCCUGGAUCCUGACUGGUCUCCCAGUCCCUGCUGCUGAAAAACAUCCCCACAGCAUGAUGAUGCUGCCACCACCAUGCUUCACCGAAGAGAUGGUGCCAGGUUUCCUCCAGACGUGACGCUUGGCAUUCAGGCCAAAUAGUGCAAUCUUGGUUUCAUCAGACCAGAGAAUCUUGUUUGUCAUGGUCUGACAGUCCUUUAGGUGCCUUUUGGCAAACUCCAAGUGGUCUGUCAUGUGCCUUUUAACUGAGGAGUGGCAUCCGUCUGGCCACUCUACCAUAAAGGCCUGGUUGGUGGAGUGCUGCAUAGAUGUUUGUCCUUCUGGAAGGUUCUCCCAUCUCCACAGAGGAACUCUGGAGCUCUGUCUUUGUGACCAUCAGGUUAUUGGUCACCUCCCUGACCAAGGCCCUUCUCCCCCGAUUGCUCAGUUUGGCCGGGCGGCCAGCUCUAGGAAGAGUCUUGGUGGUUCCAAACUUCUUCCAUUUAAGAAUGAUGGAGGCCACUGUGUUCUUGGUGACCUUCAAUGCUGUAGAAUGAUGGAGGCCACUGUGUUCUUGGGGACCUUCAAUGCUGCAGAAUGAUGGAGGCCACUGUGUUCUUGGUGACCUUUAAUGCUGCAGAAUGAUGGAGGCCACUGUGUUCUUGGGGACCUUCAAUGCUGUAGAAUGAUGGAGGCCAAUGUGUUCUUGGUGACCUUCAAUGCUGCAGAAUGAUGGAGGCCACUGUGUUCUUGGGGACCUUUAAUGCUGCAGAAUGAUGGAGGCCACUGUGUUCUUGGGGACCUUCAAUGCUGCAGAAUGAUGGAGGCCACUGUGUUCUUGGUGACCUUCAAUGCUGCAGAAUGAUGGAGGCCACUGUGUUCUUGGUGACCUUCAAUGCUGCAGAAUGAUGGAGGCCACUGUGUUCUUGGUGACCUUCAAUGCUGCAGAAUGAUGGAGGCCACUGUGUUCUUGGUGACCUUCAAUGCUGCAGAAUGAUGGAGGCCACUGUGUUCUUGGUGACCUUCAAUGCUGUAGAAUGAUGGAGUCCACUGUGUUCUUGGUGACCUUCAAUGCUGCAGAAUGAUGGAGGCCACUGUGUUCUUGGGGACCUUUAAUGCUGCAGAAUGAUGGAGGCCACUGUGUUCUUGGUGACCUUCAAUGCUGCAGAAUGAUGGAGCCCACUGUGUUCUUGGUGACCUUUAAUGCUGCAGAAUGAUGGAGGCCACUGUGUUCUUGGGGACCUUCAAUGCUGCAGAAUGAUGGAGGCCACUGUGUUCUUGGUGACCUUCAAUGCUGCAGACAUGUUUUGGUACCAUUCUCCAGAUCUGUGCUUCAACACAAUCCUGUCUCUGAUUUCACUGACAAUUCAGUCGACCACAUGGCUUGGUUUUUGCUCUGUCAACUGUGGGACCUUAUAUAGACAGGUGUGUGUCUUUCCAAAUCAUGUCCAAUCAAUUGACUUUACCACAGGUGGACUCCAAUCGAGUUGUAGAAACAUCUCAAGGAUGAUCAAUGGAAACAGAAUGAAUCUGAUCUCAAUUUCGAGUCUCGUGGCAAAUGGUCUACUUAUUUAAAUAUGUUUAUUUAAAAAACAAAUGUACACAAAUUUCUUAAGACCUGUUUUCAUUUUGUCAUUAUGGGGUAGUGUGAUGUCAUUAUGGGGUAGUGUGAUGUCAUUAUGGGGUAGUGUGAUGUCAUUAUGGGGUAGUGUGAUGUCAUUAUGGGGUAGUGUGAUGUCAUUAUGGGGUAGUGUGUAUAGAUUGCUGAAGAUUAUUAUAAUUUUUUCAAUGCAUUUUAGAAAAAGGCUAUAACGCAACAUGUGGAAAUAAUCAAGGGGUCUGACUACUUUCCGAAGGCACUCUAUUUCCUUAUGUCUGGCUCUGGCCUAAACCUCUGGACCGUUUUGGCUGCAUUUGCUGUACAUGACAUCAAAGUGGUGCAGGCUGCUGCUGUGAUGGCCUGUUGGGCGUGCUGUAACUGUCCUGUUGUGACAGCAACCCCCACUUCCGUACCUACCGAUAAGAUGAUUCUAUAACACAAAGAAGUUCACCACCAGGUGUAAAAAGAACACCCCAACUUGUACGUCAUUGUAAAGAUCCCAGCUUGUGUCUGAUCUGCUCAGGUCAGCAGUGCUGGUUUGGUUUUAUGUAACAUCAGGUUUCUGUGAUUGCUUUUCUUGUGGAGUUUGUUUGUGCCGGUCUGUUGGUAUGUCUUGUGGAGUUACCUCUCUGCAUGCUGUGUCACUGUGUUUGUGCCUGUCAGUUGGUCUGCUGUUACUCCAGAGGUGGGCAUGUGUCAUCCUAGCCUGGUUCCAGAUCUGUGCUCCUCUACUCUUCCUAGUCGUCUUAGCCUGGUUCCAGAUCUGUGCUCCUCUACUCUUCCUAGUCGUCUUAGCCUGGUUCCAGAUCUGUGCUCCUUUACUCUUCCUAGUCGUCUUAGCCUGGUUCCAGAUCUGUGCUCCUCUACUCUUCCUAGUCAUCCUAGCCUGGUUCCAGAUCUGUGCUCCUCUACUCUUCCUAGUCAUCUUAGCCUGGUUCCAGAUCUGUGCUCCUCUACUCUUCCUAGUCGUCUUAGCCUGGUUCCAGAUCUGUGCUCCUCUACUCUUCCUAGUCGUCUUAGCCUGGUUCCAGAUCUGUGCUCCUCUACUCUUCCUAGUCGUCUUAGCCUGGUUCCAGAUCUGUGCUCCUCUACUCUUCCUAGUCGUCUUAGCCUGGUUCCAGAUCUGUGCUCCUCUACUCUUCCUAGUCGUCUUAGCCUGGUUCCAGAUCUGUGCUCCUCUACUCUUCCUAGUCGUCUUACCCUUGUUCCAGAUCUGUGCUCCUCUACUCUUCCUAGUCGUCUUAGCCUGGUUCCAGAUCUGUGCUCCUUUACUCUUCCUAGUCGUCUUAGCCUGGUUCCAGAUCUGUGCUCCUCUACUCUGCGUGACUGAGUGUAAUGACUUGAUUAUAGAAAGAGACACUGCAAUGUAUCAUUAUGUGACUUCUUCCCUCAAUGGCCUGCAGGUUUCUGUUGUUCAGCAUCAUGUGACUUCUUCCCUCAAUGGCCUGCAGGUUUCUGUUGUUCAGCAUCAUGUGACUUCUUCCCUCAAUGGCCUGCAGGUUUCUGUUGUUCAGCAUCAUGUGACUUCUUCCCUCAAUGGCCUGCAGGUUUCUGUUGUUCAGCAUCAUGUGACUUCUUCCCUCAAUGGCCUGCAGGUUUCUGUUGUUCAGCAUCAUGUGACUUCUUCCCUCAAUGGCCUGCAGGUUUCUGUUGUUCAGCAUCAUGUGACUUCUUCCCUCAAUGGCCUGCAGGUUUCUGUUGUUCAGCAUCAUGUGACUUCUUCCCUCAAUGGCCUGCAGGUUUCUGUUCAGCAUGGAUGUUGUCAUGAUAAAGCCUGGUCCUCAUGUCUAACCUGUGUGCCGUUAGAACUGGUUACCGUUACACACGUCAGCUGCAAGUCCUUUGGGUAAAAUGGUAAAAAACAUAUUGUUUUAGUUGUGGAAAUGUGGAUAGACAGACACCACCACUUAUUUGGGUCCCUAUAUCACCAAACCAGGCUACUCCAGAUGGUAGUACCUGCUUUUUAAACCAUAACAGCUGCUUACUGCUCCCUGUUUCAUCCAUGAUGAUGAUGAUGAUGAUGAUGAUGAUGACGGUAGACCUACACAUGUACUUCCAUUUCAAUUCCCUCAAACUACUAGCCUGAGUGCCAGUCUGUUUGUGCUAUCCCUCAUUGUCACACCAAGGACAGCGGUGGAGUUGGUAAGAGGACAUCAACAGAUCUGGAGCCAGGCUAUAGAACUACUGUACCUGGUUGGUUGUAACAGAGCUCUCAUUUCAAUCCCAGUAUUACAUCACCUGUAAGCACAGCAGUCUGUGGUUGUGGAACUAAAGCAGGCACAUUGGUUCUACAUCCAGUACAUCUGUUCUUGUGGUCUGUCAAAUGGCAUGUCCUUAUACUGUGUUCUUCUGAAAUUAACAUCCUCUCUCUGUUG